UGAUUGUGAUUUCUGUCGACGGCCAUCGGGAUACCGACCUGCGGUGAUCCAACACCCGGCGCUUCUCCUUUUUGCACCGCCUGCCAUGUCUCGUCGCUUGAAGUACUCUGGCCUUCUGCGCCUUUGCUCCCUUUCACGGCAUUCCCAUACCGUUUUCCAUACUACUAUCCUCAUUCCAAUAAGACGAAAUGAAGGGAGGAGCCAGAGUAGUAGACCUAGAAGACCUGAAGCGGCGCGCUCGUCAGGCAAACGCACCACCAGCUCCUCUAACCGCUGAGGCUGUCAAGGAGAGCCUGAAACCAUCUGCAUAUGUAUCAUAUAAGUUUGCGAUACAGAAAUGGUCUAGCUUUUCUGAAGACUAUCUCGGGAAGCCGGUGGUUGACCAACGAUUUACGGAAGCACCGACAAUCCACGAGAUCAAGCUUUAUCUAGAAUGGCUUGCUCAAACGUGCACCGGUACAAUCGACGAAGCUAUUACUGACUCCACCGCUUUCAACCGAUUCAACAGUCUGAAGCGUGCAAUCAAUAUUCACACGGGCCACAAAUACACCAAGCAGGAGAAUGAGGCAGUGAGUACUUUCAUCCUCACAGACCUGGUUCGACGAGGUCUAGUGUCAACGUCCGCCCAUGCAAAACCAAUUGCUACAUAUCCAGUGGCCAAAGACAUCCUAUGGUUUCUCAUCGCUAGCGACGAGCACCAAACCCUUCAUUCUCGCACAAGGGUUCAGCUGGUUUUUCUUAUCCAGAUCAUGGCCUUCACAGGUGUCCGGCCAGGAGAAGUCAUCGAGUCAGACGCCUGGCCUAAUAGCAACGAAGGCUUGCUCUACAAGGAUAUUGACCUCGUUUAUUCGCAAAACAAGGACAAUCCCGGUUGGCGCAUCAACGUUAGGCUUAGAAAUCGGAAAGGGCAUCGAGAAUACAAGAAACACGCACCUAUCAUCAUCUUAUGUGAACGUCCAAGGCAGCGAUGGAUGUGCCCCGUGACAUGGUUUUUGUCACUCGCUUUCGCAGAUAACGCAUUUUCAGACUUGGUGUCAUACGAUGAUCUCGAGAACGCAAAGCCCAUUGUAGGCAGUGAAUUUUACACGGCCAAGUACAAGCCUGGCGUUCGGGAGCGACCUGUUAUGCGAAAUGCGCUUCAGAAUGGAACCAUCUCCGAUACCAGGAUCUGGACCUACGAUAGUUUGAACAGCAUUCUGAAGAAUGUCGGUCAGAGAGCUGGCUAUCAAGAGAAGCUCAGUGCGUACUGCUUCAGGAGGGCUUUUGCACGUGCGGUAGAAAAGGUCGCUACAGCCUUGGAGAGAAGAACUUUGCUAUCACAUAAUAGCGAUAGUACAGGGCAAAGUUACGUCUCGGGAUUCGUUGGCAUUGACUGUCAAUCAAUAGUUCUAGGAGAAGAGCAGCGUCCCAAACUUUACGACGAGGCCAGCUCCAUGAUGGCAAAGCGGAACUUACUUGCGCCCCGUCCGUCGGGCUCCACGCUGACCGAACCACGGCGUGUAAUUGAUGUGACUAUGUCGUCGCUGUCCUCGGCACAGAUGUACCAGCUCAGACGGCGUGGAAGAGCGGAGGCUUACCAAAAAGACCGUGAAGCUUUUCUUGAGGGAACGGGCAGUCCAACAAGAGCAGGGGAAAUGAGACAGGCAACUUCUCUCAAACAAACACCUUCUCGCAAGCCGUCUCGUUAUUUGAAAGCAGUCCUGAAGUUCGAACUGGAGCGCAAAGCCAUCAUCGAUCUUAUGUUUAGCGAUGGCGAACUUCAUGACGAGCUUUCUUUCCAAACAAUCCUUGGACCCCUGAUUAAGCUAGCCAUGCCUCAGAAGAAGUGCUGGGCAUAUGUAACCGCAGAACCGACCAAUGACGGCCGCUGCAGAGUUUGCAGAACGGAUCAAAUGCAUGGCCAUUUGCUUCAAUGUGCACGCCAACGACGUAUCAAUGAAGAAAGAGAACGUAUGGCAGGCCAGUUUGCGCUGAGUCGUACGUGUCUUUGGAACGAUUGCGAUUACCGUUUCGAAGGUAAACCCUGCGAGAUGUAUGUGCGCCAUGUCGCACGCCACCUCGACCAAAUGAGAUCGCAUCAGUGCCUAUGGGCCGGCUGCUGCAAGAGUUUCGAAAGAAGCAGGGACCUUGCCCACCACAUUUCCAAGGAGCACCGCGUCCCCAACGAAUGGACGAUGCCCACAAGGAUGCAUUACUGUUAUGAGCAUGGCUUGUGGUGUCAGUCUGACGAGGUGUGGGAUGCGCACCUUCAGAAAGAACAUUUCGACGUCCUAGACAGAUUCUGCGGUCUUAUAAAGGAUGGCGGGGUGGUUGGGGUCGCUGCACACUGUUUGUGUUGCCUAGGGGCUGAUAAACCUCUACCGGUGCGCUUCGCCCAGUUCACCGACAUCGAUGUCCUGCACCGGCAUAUCAAGUCGCAUCUGGAGCGGUUUGGCGUCCCAAAUAUGUGCCCUCAUCCACUGUGCGAAGAUGCAUUGAACUCAGAGUCGGACUUCUGGAGUCACGCUAAUGUUAUACAUGGCGUCACACCAUUCGGGCCCCGAAGGACCAAGCGGAAAACGCCGGAUUCAGACAGUAGUGAAAUGGAUCAACGCCUGAACAAGCGUAGUGUCGUGGAGAUAGGCACAGUAACAGGACACAGCGACGAGGACGGGGCGACUUAGAGCGGGACGUUUCUAGCGUUUGGAGCUGAGCGUCCGCCCUGAGGUCCUCGCAGGAUAACAGGACGGCGGAAAAGCCUAACUGCUGACGACGACGACGUGGCUGGUGGCAUGCAGAACUGCAACGCCGCAUUACGACGACGGGGAGUAGUGCUGGGGUCUCGUACGACUUCAGCGCUUAGAGUGUGUACCGGUGGGGAGGUCUUGACGCGCGCUGGAAGGUGGUAUGUCGAUUCGCUGUAGCUGUAGUCAUACAAUAAAUGAGCUAUU